AUGGCUACCCUGCACUACCUCCCUCCCGUGAAGCCCUCCGCCAUUGCGCUGGGAGCUGUCUUCACCCACACCGCUUCCCUGGGCAUCCUUACCCCCGUCUUCGGUGACACCUACCACCGUGCUCAGGCUGCAAACACCAAGGAGGAGUUCCUGAAGUCCAAGGAGACCGCCAGCGCUGUUGCCGCGUGGGGAAGCUCUCUGGUCGGCAGUGCUGUCCAGACCUACGGUGUUGCCGCUCUGAUCAACGCAACCGGUACCCUCAGCUACAAGGGUGCCGCCUACCUGGGCAGUCUGAUCUUCUUUGCUAGCUCCGCUCCAAGCUUCAUUUCCCAGAUCUUCACCGAGAAGAGACCCCUGGACACCAUUGCUGUCGGUGCCGUCAGCCGUGUGUUCGAGACCGUGGGUCUCAGUUUGUUCCUCACCUGGUGGGGAACGCGUACCAACCCUUUUGAUUAA